GGUCGAGAUAGAGUAGGCAAAGAAACCUAAUUGGGUGAAAUAAACAUCGGUCAUCUGAAGCCUCUAUAGUCCGCAGUGGACAUAAGAAGCCCUCCACACAACGCAACUUUCUCCCCCAGACGCUUCGUUUCACUUCAUUGGGUCGCAAAGGAAGCCAAAAUGAGCGGUGUGCUUGUGCAGAAUUUGUCCUUUAAGACGGGACAGACUCUGACUGUUACAGGAGUCCCCAGUGCUGAUUCCACAAAUUUUGCCAUUAACAUUGGUCACAGUGCCGAGGACAUCGCUCUACACAUGAACCCUCGUUUUGACGCCCAUGGUGACCAGCGCACUAUAGUGUGUAAUUCAUUACAGGAUGGAAACUGGUGUGAGGAGCACAGAGAGGCCAGCUUUCCAUUUAAUCAGAACGAGGAGUUCCAGGCAAGAGACAGAAACAUCUUUUGUGUUUACAUUUAG